CUCAGUAUCAAUUUAGCAGUUCCUUGUCACUGUUUCAAUAGUUUUCAAGAUUGCCAUAAUCUGAGGCUUUUGUUAUCACUGAUUGUUGCUUAUUGUUUUCUUAAAUAACAUCCUCGAAGACUGAUGUCAAUAAUUAUUAUGAAAUAAAGGUUAAUUUCCGAGUUAUUCAGAGGAAAGGUGAACUGUACGUCAUGAGUGUAGGCGAUGCUUGAAGUUCCUAUGAAGUCAGACUGAAAAUAGACAUUUCUGUGAAAAUUAGUACACAAUAAUGGUUAAUCGAGUACAUAUAAAGAAUUGUCCUGAUAAGGAAAAUUGCUGCCAUUCCCUGAAGGUCAUGGACUGUGUUAUCAACAUUGAAAAAUCAUUAAAUCGUGAACUGAUUUUAAACGGUCCCAAUUUCUUAGCUGGGUUAUUUCGUAUUACUCCUCGUAUACAGCCAGGGAUUUUACAAGCUGAGGAACGACCGAAACCAUCAUUUACUCAGCCAAAACAUAGUAGAUCUCAUGUGAACUUGUGUUCUCGAAUUUUAUCAGAAUCUAAUUACUUACAUUCUCAGGAAUCUUUACAACUUUCUUCAAUUGAGGUGUUAAAUGUGCGUAGUGAAAAUAAUAAAAAAAUUAUUAAUCCACCAAUCAAUGAUGGAACUUUACCAAGUGCUGAGACAAUCAAAUCGGAAUUUCAUCAACAUGCAUGUAAAUCAACGCCUAAUCCUCCAGAAGAUGAGAAUAAUGGUGUUACUACCAAUCUUCAAAUUAUAAUAUCAGAGUCUAUAAAUGAAGAAGUUAAUAAUGAAUUAGCAUCAGUUGCCAAGAAACACAGACAAGAAUUAUUCAUUGCAUAUGAGAAAGCAAUGCAACCGAUAAUUUCAAUUGAUCUGUUACCAGAAUAUGAAAUCAAACUUUUAUCACUAUUCCAAUAAAACUAUUUUACUACAUGUUUUUAUAUAUUUUUCUUAGUAAUUCGUAUAGAACAUACUAAUUGUAAUCAUAAAGUGUUUGUUAUUAAGUUCUAUUCAUAGUUGAUUUGAAAAAAUAGCCUUUUUUAAGAAAUAGAUAAAGCUUCAUACUUUGAGCCACGGUAACAAGCGUUGAUGAAUUCAAGAUAGCUAAUGGGCAUUUCGCCUUAGCAACAUUAUAAUAUAAUGUCUUCAGACAUUAAUUUUCACUGUAUAGAAAACUUGGUGUUUACGGAUAAUUGUUAGCGUUAUGUUCGAGGAUUGUUUACUUCGAUAAGCAAUGUUAGCUGGUGUAGAAGUAAGCUUUAAAGAAAACUAGACCAGGCUAAAUCAAAACAUAAUAUCGGCCUAUAUGGUCGCUGGUAUAAGCCAAGUUGGUAAAUGCAGAUUGUUUGAUCGAGGUUUGCGCAGUUAUCGUGUCUUUUGGUUAACAACGUUGAGUGAUUUAGCUUAGAAUCAAUCACGGUAGUGCAGGUGCAUUUAUUCUGCUUGUUUCUAGGUUUUAACUGUCAGUAUUUUGCAAUACACAGCUUUCAGUCCUGUCUAAUCGAAUCAUACUUCCAAACCAUAGUCUUUCUCACUAUCAUGCGGAAUACCAACUCUGGUCAACACAUGUUUGUGCCAGGCGCUACAUUGAUUAUUAUUAAAUGACCGACUGAACUGAUUCUGCCAGGAGUCCCAUGAACUUAGCUCCCUUUUUUAGUAUAUCGAGAAGUGUUGUCCUCUUAGAUAAUGUUCAGCGCUACAGUCGGACACACUAUCACUAGAUUGUUAAAUCAACAAUCCUAAUGACCUCUG